AUGUGGACGCUGGCGCACGUUCAGUUUGCCUGCAUCCGAGCAAUCGCUCAUACCUCGCUCUAUGUCCGGACCUCACCCUGGCUAGCGCCCGCAACUCAACCCGAUUUUAUCAAGAACUACCCUUGUCGACCGAGUCUUUAUGGCUGCCGUACAUUCAUACCAAAAGACUCUCAAGGCAAACAGACUCCGCUGCCCCUCGUCAUCAGAGCUCACGGUGGUGGCUUCAUCGUCAACUAUCCCGCAGCCGACGAUGUUCUGGCGCGACAUCUUGCUGAUCAUGCAAACUGUAUCGUAGUCAGCAUAGAUUAUGGCAAAUCGCCCCAAAACAAGUUCCCCACUGCCUACGAGGAUGUCAUCGCUCAAACGCUCGCCGUGAUUGAUGAUCCAGAAUUGCCUAUCGACAAGUCAAAAGUCGUCCUCUGCGGCAGUUCAGCUGGAGGUAAUCUUACCCUUGGCGCGGCCCAAGACUCGCGGCUACUGUCCAAAAUUCUGGGUGUCGUAUCCAUCUACCCUGCCGUUGACUUCGACUCCGAUAGCGAUACAAAGAUGGCAACUCGGCCAGAUCCUCAAGUCCCUGACUUCAUCGGAAAGAGCUUCGAUGACAUCAUGAAUUUGUACCUGGAUGAAGCCCAGAAGCCCUCCAUGCAGGAUGUGCGUUUGAGUCCAAUGUAUUUCGCUACAAGAGAAAGGUUGCCGCCGGCGCUUCUACUCAUCGGAGCUGAGCAUGACAUGUUCUGCCGCGAGGUCGAAGUCAUGGCUGAGAAGCUUGCGGGCGGCAGGGCUAAGAUUCCGAACAAGGAAGGCUGGUCGGCGCUGGGGGUGCAAUACUAUAAAGUAUUUGGCCAGCCACAUGCAUUCGAAGGCUUUCCCGCUAAGGAUCCCGAAGCGGAGAAAGCGAGAAUAGCUGCAAAAGAUGCCAUGUUUGACACCAUCUCAGAGUGGCUGAAGACUACCUUUUCUAAAGUUGACAGCUACUAG